CUGUUAUAACGUGGUAUCUGAGCAGUCGACGUCGAAAACUACUUUCUCGAACUGCGCAGCUGAGCGGUGCAGUGAAACCGUACACGGAAUGAUACAGCAACACAGCGGUCUACCCUCAAUUAGUUGUCCUGCCAUCUCCAUGUGUGUGCGUACGCCGUAUCCUGCCCAACUUUGUCACACGGCAUCUAUAUGCGCGGCAUAACGCAUCGGCAUCGGCCGCGUUAAACGAGGAGGGUUCCCUCACUCGCCACGUGGCGGCGGCUCACCAGCAGACGCACUUGUCACCCCUUACUUGCACUUGCUUUAUUUAGCUACACUCAUUACUUUCUCCUGCCUUUUUACUCUUGCUCUCACUUCCUCGCUUAAACGCUGUUAGACCCCGAAAUAAAAAGUCAAUAAAAAAAACUCCCAUCACAAACGAAAGCAAAAAUAGCACGAAGGGCACUUGAAGAGUAAAACUAUUCCAGCAAGUGGAAUCGCGAGAGCGGAGGGCACAGUCCAGUCAGCGUGCCGUGAAAUUUAAAGCGCCCCUCGUCGUGAUGCGGACCUUGCGACAUCGCGAAUAGUCCAAGGGAAAAAGCGCACCAAAGUCGAACUACUAUACAAAUAGAAAGUGGCGAAUGGUCGAAUUUCCGCGAAAUAAACGAAUCCGCUAAUGAAGAGGUUUUACUGUUACGGUGUUAAGUGGUGUAGUGAAAUUGUGUAGAGUCGUGGUGUAAGUGUCUACUGCAGUGGUGUAGUGUAUUGACGGCGUGUAAUCCUGCAGGGGUGUGCUGUAGUGGGGGCGGUGCGGGGUGGAGGUGAGCAGACCACAUUCCCGAUGUGUGGGUUUGGUGAAUGUGCCGUGAGUCGGCCUGGCGCGUGCGCGCGUGCCCACGAUGAGGCCGUGGCUGGUGAGCGUGGCCGGUGAUGUCUGCCGGGUUUCAGGAGAGUCGUGUGCCAGUAAAGUGGUGCCUGCGGUCUAUGUCGGGGAGUUUUGGAUUCUAAAGCCAGACGCCGGAACCUGGGAUCUCGACUGCCCCAGUUCUCUGCUGCUCAGCCUUCGCUCCCCGAUUGACGGAGGAGGAGGGCGAGCAGCUGGAGCAGCAGGAGCAGCAGCAGCAGCUUUCUUGCAUUGCCUCUCGAGCCUGAGGUGGGACUGGUGGAGCAUCAUCUUCGCCGUCGUCUUGAACCGCCGAUGGAUAGUACGGGGAGCGGAGGUGAAUGGGCAGAGCCGCCAUGCCUCUGAAUAAAAAGCUGGAGGUGUCGUCGGGGACCUUGGUAUCCAGCGCACUGCCCCGAGGUUACCUGGGCUCUGCCGCGCUGCCGCCCGGCGCCUUCCUCCCCGAUGGCGGCGCAUGUGGAUUCCCGCCCCCGGGUGGUGGCGGCGGCGGAGGCGGCGGCGGGGGAGGUGGCCUGCUGUCGGCGCGCGCCGCCCGCCUCUCGGGGGCCCUGGGCCCCGGCUACCACCUGGGCCACCUUCCCUUCGGCAUCGGCGUCUCGAGCGCCGCCGCGGCCGCCGCCGCCGCCGGUUACCUCAUCGACGGCCUCAACCUGUGCUACCCGAGCGGCACUGGCAUGGGCGGCGGAGCCGGCGUACUGAUGAGCGGGUUGGCAGUGCCGUGCCCGCUGGGCGGCGUCCUGGCGGUGGGCGCGCACGCGCACGCCCACGCGCGGGCGCGCGGCGGCGACGAGGUGCGACCACGAGACUCUCCUGCGGCACGAGCGCUCUCCUCCUCGCCGAUGCGCUCCCCCUCGUCGUCCUCAUCCGCCUCCUCCGCCUCUUCCUCCUCCUCUUCCCUGUUGCUGUCGGCCACGUCGCCGCCCGCAUCGUCGUCGUCGCACAAACCGCCACACCACUCGCGCGGAUGUGACGCGCUCAGCCGCAGCUUCCCGGGAGGGUCGCUGUCGCGGGCGCUGCGCGAGGCGCGUCAGGGAGCCCCGGGCCGCCGUCUCGGCACCGCCGCCAUCGUCCUGGACGAGCCCUCAUGGCUUUCCACCGACGACGAACUCGGCGAUGCCUACUUGGUGGCGCGGGGAUUGAGCCGCAGCUUCCCAGGCGGUGAGCUGGCGGGGGCGCUCCGCCUGGUGCGCUCAGGGGAGGGGCCGGGCGAUGACGCGGGGACUCCCGCACUACCCCCACCACCGCCCCCUCCGCCGCACCCCAGCGAGACGCGGCUCCGCGCUGCGGAGCUGCGGGCUCCGCGUGACCGAACGGCAUCGUCUUCGGACGGCGCCGCCGCUGACGCGGGCCUCAGCUGGAGCUACCCUGAGAGCAGCCUGUCGAAAGCGCUGCGGGAGGCGCGUCAGGCCGACGCCGAGGAGCCGUUUGGCAGCGGUGGUGGCGACGCGAGCGCCCUGAGCUGGAGCUACCCCAGCGGAGUGUUGUCGCGCACUUUGCACGAGGUUUGCGGAGAGAGGCGUGGCGGCGGUGGCGGCGGCAGCGCUCACACCCCUGUGGCCGGCGUGCAUUCUGCGGUGCCUCCUGCCCCGGGCUCGCCGGAACGAGGGCAGACGCGGCGUCGCGGCUCAGGGGCGGCAACGCGGGGGCCUGGGAGGGCGCGCGGCGGCCGAGGGGGCGUCGGCGGUCAUGCAUCAGGGGGCAGCUCAGCUCGUGCCACCAGCGCGGGCGCCGGCGGGGGUCUGAGCAGGAGCUAUCCUGGCAGCACACUGUCCAAGGCGCUGCAGCAUGCGCGAGGCUCCGGCGGCGGCCAGGGUCUGUGCGCCAGCACGGGUAGCCUGCCGUCGGCCACAGGGGGCGGGCGCGGGAGCCGGGGCGGGCGGCACGGGGGCGGAGCGUCAGUGUCCACGGCGGCGCCGGGCGGCGGCGGUGGAGGCCUCGAGAGCGAGGAUGAGGAGCUCACCAACCUGGACUGGCUCCACGAGAGCAAGAACCUUCUGCGCUCGCUGAGCCUGGUGGGUGGUGCGGGCUCUGGCGGGGGAGGCGGUGUGACCGGUGGGUGUGGCGGGGGCCUCCUGCUGCGUUCGCUAAGUCCGCUGCGCGACGCCAGCGCUGGCGGCUCGGGAUCCACGCCGCCGCCGCUGCUGCCGUCGUUCCCCGGGUCGCCGGAGCACGGCCACGGCGGGGGCGCCGGCUCGGGCGGGGGUGGGAAGCCCCCCUACUCUUUCAGCUGCCUCAUCUUCCUGGCCAUCGAGUGCUCGGCCGGCAAGCGACUGCCCGUGCGCGACAUCUACAACUGGAUACUGGAGAACUUCCCGUACUUUGCGAGUGCACCUACGGGCUGGAAGAACUCCGUGCGACACAACCUUUCGCUCAACAAGUGCUUCCGCCGGGUGGAGAAGGAUCGCAGCCAGGAACAAGGACACCAUCGCAGAAGCAUCACCCCUUCAAGGAGAAGAAGAGGACGAGGACACGGACUUAACGGCAUUGGCAAGGGUUCCCUGUGGUGCAUUGACCCCGAGUACCGGCCCAGCCUGCUGCAGGCCCUGCGCAAGACACCCUACCAGUCCUACUCACACGUCUUCCAUACGCCGCCAGACUCCCCACCACCACUCGCCAGUUGGACUCACUACAACUGGUGUCGGAAGUGGCCAACACGCAAGUCUAUACAGCUAGCGGUAGACUACGUCUACACGUCGCAGACCACAUACCAGGACGUCAGACAACGAGGAAGAGGACCUCGUGCCGCUUACAACUCUGGAGGAUGCGGGGGAGACGCUGCCAGCGGAGCAGAGCGCCAUCUGGGCGCGUGAUGCUUCGCUGUCCCUCCGGGAGGCGCACGGUCGCCUCGCAGGGCUCCUCAAUGCUGCGGCUUCGCUUCUCACGGAGAUCAGUCCCACGGUCUCGCCGGUGAAGGAGGGAGCGGCGAUGCCGCUCAUGGACGACGACUCCACCGCCAUUUCGCAGCAGGUGGGAAAUUCGUCUGUGCAGCCCGCGUAUUUGGCCGCCAUUUAGUCGCCGGCGCGGAGCGCGCAGCCCGCCAAACUUGAAGACACGCCGUCGCUGCCGAUGGACAUCCCAGCUCUCCACCGUCGGCUUCCUUUUAUUAAAGAGUUUGCGGCUACCAGUGGCGACUGGGUGGCCUUCAAGCGGCGGUUCCUCACGAUCGCCGACUUUGCGGGAUGGACGGAGGCGCUGUAGGCGUUGCCUGCCGCCCUCGACGACAACGCCCUUGCGGCGUUUCUCGCCAUCCCGCCGCUGGAGAUGUCUACCCUUACUCAGGCUUUCGACCAGAUGGCAUAAAUCUACCAGCCUCCGGUGAAUACGUGCCACAAGUUCGCCACGCGACGGAAGGGGGAAACCGAGUCAGCCCUCGCCUUCCGUAAUGCGCUUUUGGCGCUAGCGAAAGCCGCCUUCCUGAAAAUGGACUACGAUGGUAUCGACGCGUUGGUCCUCGCGAGACUGCUGGCCUUGGUGAAUGUCUUCCACACCAUUCUUCCAGCCGAAGAUGAUGACAUCUCGUCUCUCAAGAUUGCUGAGUUCAUCCAAGCCCAGCAACUUCUACAACGGGACAGGGCGCAGGAGCCGGGGCCACCUGUUGGAGCGGAGCCUGUUUCGGCAUGCGCAUCGACUCGGGGUGGAGUCGACCGGCGUGAUGGUGGGGCGCGACGGACAGACGAGCAGCGGUGACCAAGGUCGUCGUCUCGUUCCGGAGGUGGCCGUGUUACCUGCUACAAUUGCAGCCUGCUGGGGCACGUGUCAUCGGGCUGCCGCGUACCACAACGGUGCCUCCCAGCAUCGCCGCCAUCCUAUGCUUCCCUACACCCUAAGGCGAGUCGCGACACACUCCACACUCGACCCCUGGCUUCACCUCGCCCAUCUAGGCAUUUCGGUUCACUUCCCGGUCGCGCUUCAGUACGGGAGGGUCCUAUGCGUGAUCGUGAGUUUCGUCCGCUCCAACCGGAUCAGUAAUCGGAGCUGGCCCAUCGAGUGGUGGCUGCAGCCGCAGGUUCAUCUGCCGUGCUUGGGUUUAUUGAGGGUGUGGAAAUAAGGAUGCUUGUUGACACGGGUGUGUCGGCAACUAUCAUCUCGGAAUUGAUCUACAAUAUUUUGCCCCCUAAGUGUUGAAGCACCGUGGUUCGCCGCUAACAGCGGCUCAUUGAGUAUUAUUGGUUGGAUAAUGGCCGAGGUGCGCAUCGCUGAUGUUACAUUGUCGGGACAUAUUCAUUGUCUCCACGUUCCUGGCUGUUCCAUGUUUACUUGGAACCGAUUUCUUUGGAAGGAUGCCUUUGAAAAUCCGCAUUGACCGGCCGUCAUAUGUAAUUUUUGCCUUCACCCACCCGUUUGUGUACGGCCAACGCUACGGUGCAGGUGCUCGCGCGCCGAACGGUCAGAAUUCUCCCCGGCGCGCAGAUGUUAGUUCCCCUCUGCUUAAGGAAGCUUCUCGAUUUGGGGGCUAUGAAGUUUCUAAGGUCAGUUUGGACUGACUUUAGUGUCCAACGACCAGGAACCUUUUAUUCAGGUUCUUAAUGCUGGGUUGGACACCACGGUCAUCCAGGAGGGUACUGUGUUGGCUCAUGCGUCGCCGGUGCGUCCGGAAGGGGGCGUCGUCGGGAAUGUGGGUGCUGAGUUUUGCACACGACAAACCCGGGACGUGGAUAAAGGUUGGAUAAACAAACUACGUGCUGAGAGUGGCGCUUUGUCCACGGACCAGAUAGGGAAGCUGCGGGUGUUCUUGUGUGAAUUUUCGGAUAUUUUUAGCAGGGGAAAAUUUUAUAUUGGAUGCACGACGCUCUCGAGUCACCACAUUGAUACGGGCGACGCGGCCCCUAUCCGGCAGAAUCUCUACCGGCUGAGCCCUGCGGAGAAGGAACAUGUUCAGCUGGCGGUUUGAUGAUAUGUUGGCCGCAGACAUCAUCUCAUCAUCCACCAGUCCCUGGGGAGCUCCUAUUGUGCUUGUGAAGAAGCACAAUGGUAGCUUACGAUUUUGCGUUGAUUUUUGAAAUCUUAAUAAGGUUUCUGUUGCGGAUGCGUAUCCCUUGCCUCGCAUUUAUGAUUGGCUUGACACGUUGGUGGGGGCACGUUUCUUUUCUACCCUCGAUCUCCUAUCCGGCUUCUGGCAGUUGCCGCUUGACAAUGCUUCUAAACCUAAGACAGCUUUUCGUACGCCUCAGGAUUGUUCGAAUUUAAUCGGCUUCCUAUGGGGCUUCAUUCUGCGCCAGCCACAUUCCAACGUUUGAUAGAACUGGUCCUGGCGGGUCUCCAGUGGGACUCGUGUUUGAUAUAUCUCGACGAUGUAAUCGUCUUCAGCCGCACUUUCGAUGACCACUUGGUCCGCCUGCGUGCUGUCUUCCUCAAAAUACAUGCGGCUAACCUUGAAUUUAAACCUCAGAAAUGUCACCUCCAGAAAUUGGUUCGGUAUCUUGGCCACAUUGUUAACGUAUCGGGUAUUGCGACCGACCCGGAGAAAACUGCGUACGUCCGAACUUGGCCGACCCCCACCUCAGUGAGUGAGGUGCGCAAUUUCAUUGGCUUUGCAUCCUAUCGCCGUUUCGUUGCCAGGUUCGCGUCAAUUGCAAAACCUCUCCACGCGUUAACGGCUAAGGGUCAUGCGUUUCUUUGGGGGGAGGAAGAGGAGGCUGCAUUUCGUGCCAUUCGCGAUGGAUUGGUGAACGCCCCUCCCCUGUGUUAUCCGGAUUUUUCAUUGCUAUUCAUCCUUGAUACGGACGCUAGCAAUACCGGAAUUGGAACCGUCUUGUCGCAGGGUGGAUAGCAUUGUUGCGUACGGCAGUAGGAUGCUGUCUCCGGUUGAAUAGCGGUACUGUGUUAUGCGCCAUGAAUUGCUGGCCAUUGUGCUUUUUUGUGCAGCAAUAUCGCCCCUACUUGUACAGUAGACGAUUUGAGGUGCGCUCCGAUCAUGCAGCGCUCUAAUAUGUGCUGCGUGUGGACCAGCCGUCAGGCCAAUUAUCACGCUGGCUGGAGAUCCUGCAGGACUUCUCGUUCCAUGUCACAUACCGCAAAGGUUCUCGUCAUACGAAUGCUGAUGCCCUGUUGCGAUUACCAACGACCGGAGGGUUUGCAUGUUUUUCGGGUUCCGGGCGCUGUAAACCGACCGAUGUGACCUCGCUUUCUCCUCUUGCGGCAUCUGCCGAUGCGGCGACAGGCGGGACGGGCGCCAGUCCGGUCGCACGGGAUGCGUUCAUUGGCUUGGAUUACGAGGAAUGGGGACGCCUUCAGGCAGAAGACGCUUCGCUACUCAAAUUGCAGCGUCGUCUGAGGGAAGCUGAUGGGGGCACGG